UAUUGAGAAUUUGAGAGAGGAUCCAUCAUGCAUCCUAAUGUUAUGCUGCCGUCCAUCCAAGAAGGAUAAAACACAGAGUGAAAUAAGUGUCUUAUCCUCUUCCUCUCACCAAACUCCAAAGUCCCAUGGCAUCCACCUUCCUCCGAUUCAUAACCCAUGUAAACCCUCUUCUUCUCCACCAUAACCAACCUUCCCAAACAUCAAACUCACUUCUCCGCAUCCAUCACCUUCCCAACCCUAAACCCUUCACUGUUAACUGCACUACUCCACCCUCCUCCCCCGACCCUCCAGAUUUCCCAAACCCUUAUCCGAACUCGGAUACUACCAACAACGUAGAAACCUUCCCCAUCGAGAAGCGAAGAAAAUCUGAGAUAAUCCGUGACAGGAAGGCCAGGACCAAGCUUGAAAAGCCAGAGCCACCUAACUUUGAAGUGGGGUGGAAGAGGAGCAAGGUGAUAGAGCUGGAGAAGCCAAAAGGGUAUGUGAUUGCGGACUUUUUGGAGAAGUUGGAGGAGUUGAUGGGGAGAGAGUUCGGAUCGACUGAGCUGUUGGCAAAGACAGGAGAGAUAGUGGCUGAGAGGGCUAGAGAGGAGGCAGAAGUGCUGAGGGAUGAGGGAGAAGUGGACGAGAGACUGGUGACGGAGCUGUUUAGGGUGUUGAGGUUGAUGGAGAUGGAUUUGGCUAUGGUGAAAGCUGCUGUGAAGGAGGAGACACUGAGUGAGAGGCUUAAGCAAGCCAAGGCAAGGAACAAAUGUUGGAGUGUUCAACUCACUCCUUCCUUCUCAAAUCUUCAGAUCAUUUGAAGCAUCCCCCUCCUUCUUCUUCUUGCCCUUUACAGAGGACUUCGCAUAAGUUGUUUGACAUGCCUUGAUGACACAGCAAACAUGGGGAUCAUCUUUUGGUAUUUUAUGUAGUAUGUUUGCAGCAGACUUGUGGUCUCCACAAGCCAAACAGGCCUGAUACAUCCUGCACAAGGAUUCCAAAAAAAAUAAAAACAAAAUAUCAAUUUGCAUAUCUU